AAGAAAGUUUAGGUUCAAAUUCAAAAUGUCUAAUAGCAAGAUGUUGAGUGCACUAAAGAUCCUUAAACAUCGGAAUAAUAUUAAAUUUUUCAACAGUACAAACUGCAGGUCAUAUGCAGUUGCAGCAGCUAAUCAUGUUCACACCAAGUGCAAAUUAGUCAACGGCGUUUAUGUCAUUACUUUAGACUCUCCAAAUGUUAAGGUAAACACACUUAAUACAGUGUUGAUGGAUGAGUUCAGAACUAUUGUCAAUGAAGUGGAUUCAAAUCCAGCUAUAGAAGCCGCUGUGCUGAUAUCUGGUAAGCCAGGCUGCUUCAUAGCUGGUGCUGACAUCACUAUGAUUGAGAACUGCAAAACAAAAGAGGAAGUUAUUAGUCUUUCAAAAGCUGGUCAUGACAUAUUCAAACGCAUGGAAAACUCUCGCAAGCCAUAUGUAGCGGCAAUUCAAGGUUCCUGUCUUGGUGGAGGAUUGGAGACCGCUCUGGCUUGUCGCUAUAGAAUAGCAGUUAAGGACUCAAAGACUGGUCUUGGAUUACCUGAGGUUAUGUUAGGACUUUUACCAGGAGGAGGUGGCACUCAGAGGACACCUAAGCUCACAUCGGUGCCAACAACCUUGGACUUAGCACUCACAGGCAAAACAGUUAAAGCAGAUAAAGCAAAGAAACUAGGACUUGUAGAUUUAUUAGUAUCACCUUUAGGACCAGGUCUAGGUCAACCUGCUGAUAAUACGAUGAAAUAUUUAGAGAAUGUUGCCGUUCAAAUUGCAAAAGAUAUUGCAUCAGGAAAACUGAAGGUAGACAGAUCUAAGAAGGGACUAGUUGACAAAAUGAUGGCAACAGCAAUGAAAUGGGACUUUGUUAAGAAUAUGAUCUUUAAUAAAGCUAAGGAGCAAGUAAUGAAAGCUUCUCGUGGCUUAUAUCCUGCACCUUUGAAGAUUCUUGAAGUAGUAAGAACAGGUGUGGAUAAAGGUCCCCAAGAAGGUUAUGAAGCCGAGGCUCAAGGGUUCGGUGAGCUAGCUAUGACUCCACAGAGCAAAGGACUGAUCGGCCUUUUCAGAGGUCAAACUGAAUGUAAGAAGAACAGAUUUGGUAAAUCGCAAGUGGAUGUUAAAACUAUCGGUGUGUUGGGCGCGGGUCUGAUGGGCGCGGGCAUCGUGCAAGUGUCAAUAGACAAGGGCUACAAGGUGGUGAUGAAGGACGCCACCAACGCCGGCCUGUACCGCGGCGUGGGACAGAUACAGACAGGCUUAGUUAAUGCUGUUAAACGAAAAAGGGUUUCAGCAUUACAAAAAGACAAAUACUUAUCAAAUCUAUUACCGACUCUGAGUUAUGAUAACUUCAAGAAUGUGGACUGCGUGAUAGAGGCGGUGUUUGAGGACAUCAACAUAAAGCACAAAGUGAUAAAGGAGCUGGAAGCUGUGAUCCCGGAGCACUGUAUCUUAGCUACAAACACUAGCGCUAUACCCAUCACUAAGAUAGCCGCUGGCAGUCGACGACCUGACAAAGUUAUUGGUAUGCACUACUUCUCCCCGGUGGACAAGAUGCAGCUGCUGGAGAUCAUCCGGCACCCCGGCACGAGCGCGGAGAGCGCGGCGGCCGCGGUGGCGGUGGGCCUGCGCCAGGGCAAGGUCGUCAUCACGGUGGGCGACGGGCCCGGCUUCUACACCACACGCAUCCUCUCCACCAUGCUUAGUGAGGCUGUCAGGUUAUUACAAGAGGGUGUAGACCCCAAGGAGUUGGACAGCAUGACGAAGCAGUUCGGGUUCCCCGUGGGCGCGGCCACGCUCGCUGACGAAGUCGGCAUCGACGUCGGCGCUCACAUCGCCCUCGACUUGGCGAAGGCGUUCGGUGAGCGCAUCAGCGGCGGCGACCUGGGCAUCAUGCAGGACCUGGUGAAGGCGGGCUUCAUGGGCAGGAAGUCGGGCAAAGGUUUCUACGUGUACGAGAAGGGCACCAAGAACAGGGACGUUAAUCAGGAAGCUGUGCAAAUACUGAAGGACAAAUACUCCCUGGAACCGAAAGGCGCAAAUACCGUCGAAGAUCAACAACUACGUAUGGUUUCAAGGUUCGUGAACGAAGCAGUAUUAUCGUUAGAAGAACAAAUCCUGCACAGCCCACUGGAGGGCGACGUGGGCGCUGUCUUCGGCCUCGGAUUCCCGCCAUUCACCGGCGGACCCUUCAGAUGGGUUGAUCAAUAUGGUGCUGAUAAACUAGUUAAGAAAAUGGAAGAGUUCCAGAGCUUGUAUGGAGCUCCGUUCAAACCAGCUCAGACUCUUGUCGACAUGGCCAAAGAUACAAGCAAAAAAUUCCAUGCCAAGUAAUAAAUCAAGCUUCCUGUAGACAACCGUUAAACCAGUUUUUUAUUCUUAUAUACGUUUUUUACUAUAAUAAAAUCUGAAAAUUGUCUAUUUUCUAAAGGAUUAUAUGUAAAAAGCAGCUAUUUCAAUUAAAACUAAACUGAUAUUAAUUAUACCAUGUACAAUAAUAGUAAUAGUGUAAUAUUCACAGUCAUAAGCCGUAUUUGCAAUGUAAUUCCUGUUAGUAACGCCGUUAUUAAAUCUUCAUAAUUCAUUUUAGUGAAGACAGUUUCAAAUUAUGUUUUGUUCUAAAAUUAUAAAAAUAGAUAAAGUACUAUACUCAAAAUACGUCCUACCAAUGGUUUUCAAGUAUUAAUAUUAGCACAGACUGAAUUUAUUGCUCUGCUAUAGGGAUGGAUGAGAUAUAUAUUAAUUUGUAAC